AUGCGCUUCACAUCUUUCGCCAUUGCCACUGCCUUCCUGGCUACCAUGAUUUCUGCUACUCCAGUGGCCGAGCCUGAACCCAACCCUGUUGAACUGGCUGCUCGAGCCAAGUACACCAUCCACUGCAGUGGUGGUCUCAACCCUGAUUCGCACUGCUUGACGCCUCAUUCCAAGUGUGACUCCUACGGCACGUACCUGGUUGAGUCUGGUUACAAGGAGCAGUGCAAGAAGUGUGGCUGCGCGAAAGAUGUGAACAGACGCCGAGUUUAGGAAAGGGUACGAAUGAUGAUUAGGGAGUUUGAAGGAAGAUGUGGUGGUCUACAAUGGGAAGAUUUCGGUGUGUGAGAAGGCUGCUUGGGAUAAAGAAGUGGAUAAAUC